AAACGCCACAAAGUCCGCAAGGCCUCGGUCCAAAAAUCCUACACCAAAUCCGUGGCUCACACCCAAGAAGCUAUCUCCACACUGUUCAACGAUCAUGAAUCCGAAUCCGCACAAGCCCACAAAGCCCAACUAACCCGACUACACGAAUUACUGACCAAGAAAGCCGAGAUCGAGAUGAAGAUGCAAGAGAAGGUCAGCCUUGUACGAGAGGCUUAUCUGUCACACUCGAUUGAUCUACAAAUGGUCGCAGAGCAACGUGUCAAGCAGCUCUCCUAGAUAGUAUCCGUCAUUGCGAGAUUUGGG